ACUCUAGGCGUAUCUCCAGUUGGAAACACUACCUUUGUACCUAAGUUUUGUUUUAAUUACAGUCCAUGUCAAUGGACAGAUGGUAUUAUAAAGCUCCAUAUUGGAAUUAAUUUUGAGCUCCCGUCUAUUCGAAUUUUGGAGAGACUGAGAAACAAUGGAUGAAACUACUGAAACAAGAGAACGGGGCGUCAGCACGUCGUCCAAUCGUCCAUCCGAGGGGGAUAAAGUAUCGGUUCAGGGCAGCGAAGCCAGCGGGGAGGGCGUGGGACUAAAACGCCAGAUCGGCCUGGCAGGAUGCAUCGCGUUCGUGGUGGGAACGGUCAUUGGUUCGGGGAUCUUCAUCUCUCCGAAAGGAGUUCUUCAAAACACCGGCAGCGUGGGUCUGUCGCUGGUCGUCUGGGUGGCAUGCGGUGUGCUGUCCACCAUCGGGGCCCUAUGCUACGCCGAACUCGGAACCAUGAUCACCAAGUCCGGUGGAGACUUCACGUACAUCUUGGACAGCUUUGGCGCUGUGCCGGCCUUCUUGCGUAUCUGGACCCUCAUUGUGGCGGUACGCACUGCCUCCUUCGCCGUGCUCGUCAUAACGGCUUCUACUUACCUAAUUAAUCCGUUCUUUGGGGAUUGUGGCGUGCCUGUCGUUGUUAUUCAGCUACUGGGAGCUUCAAUCGUAGCUGCCGUGUUCUGCUUGAACAGUGUGAGUGUACCGUGGAGUAAUCGGGUCAACAUUAUCUUCAGUAUCGCCAAGGUGCUUGGGCUCGUCAUCAUCAUCAUAUCCGGGAUAGUUCUCAUGAUUCAAGGUAAUGUUGAGAACUUAAAAGACGGCUUCACUCCGGCCAUAGAAGUCACACCUGAUAAGAUUCCCUUGGCGUUUUAUUCUGGACUCUUCGCUUACUCGGGAUGGCAAUUUUUGCCCAGUUUUACAGAAGAAAUCAUCAACCCUGCAAGAAAUAUUCCCCUGGGUAUUGUCAUAUCGAUGGUCAUCAUUACUGCCGUCUACAUCAUGGCUAAUCUAUCGUACUUCGUGGUUCUUUCCCCGGUUGAGUUGCUGGCGUCAGAUGCAGUGGCACUGACGUUUGGUGAGCGUGUACUUGGUCCCUGGUCUGUCAUUAUCUCAGUCGCCGUCGCUUUUUCCUGCAUUGGAUCUCUAAAUGGGGCACUCUUCUCAUUUGCAAGGAUUCUGAUGGUGUCGUCGCGAGAGGGCCUCAUGCCCCAGGUUCUUGGUAUGAUACACGUGCACAACAAGACGCCACUCCCUGCUGCCAUUGCUUCCUUUCCGAUUGUGAUCGCUAUGCUGAUGGCUCCGGACAUUAACACUCUGAUCAACUACCUGAGCUUCACCCGUUGGCUGUUCAUUUCCAUAGCUGUAGCGGUGAUCCCUUACUUCCGGUGGAAGCACCCGGAUUGGCCCAGACCAUUCAAGGUUCCGAUCAUAUUGCCGAUCAUCUUCAUCAUCUGUUGCUUGUUCGUGGUGGUCGUCUCCAUUUAUUCCUCCCCCUUGGAUUGUGGCAUCGGAGCCGCCAUCACCGUAACAGGGAUCCCAGUCUAUCUUCUCUUCGUCUGGUGGGACAACCAACCCGCCUGGUUUACCAAUGCAGUUGAUGCAGUGACGUGCUUCCUCCAGCGAUAUCUCCUGAUAGUGCCCGAACAUAAGAAGACAAACUGAUACCUCGCGUGAUCUCGCGCGACUCUCGGCUCGUGCAUGUCACUUACCAAUCUUACGCCUGUGCUUGGAAAACAUAUUAGAACUACCGUUAUUUAGACUCUCUGUUUCCGAUUGCUGUUCGUUAUAUUUUUGCUUUGGUACCGGUGUGAAAAAAAAGUUACCAGUACAUGGCCAUUCCUUCAUUUUGUCUCGCAUGUUACCUCUCAUAUUUACUCUGUAAAUAAUUCCCUGUAAAUAUCACUAUGUGGCAACAUUUUAUGGUGUCAAUUUUCCUGGAUGCUUAUCAGCCAGUUUAACGUUCCCAUUGUUGUAUUCAAUGUUCAGGGAAAAACCAUCUUAGUACUCUUGUGGUCUGUACAUGUCAUUAAGAAGAUGCGCUUAUGACUUUAUUUGUGUUUUGAUUGGGGUAAGGCCCCAAUGUACAGGGUGAGUAAAAAAGAAAACGAAGCCCAAAUGUCGGGACCAUAUUUUUUUUUAGUGAAGUUCAA